GCUCUGUCGCCGUCGCCACCACCGCACUCGCCGCCGCCGCCCUCACCGCCACCACCCUCGCUGCCGCCGUCCUCGCCAUCGCCGCCCUCACCCCCGCCCUCGCCCCCGCCGCCCUCGCCGCCACCGCCAUCGCCGCCUCCACCUUCUCCAUCUCCGCCGCCAUCGUCCGCGUCGCCCCCGCCGCCGCCUACCUCCGCCUCGCCCUCGCCGCCGCCUCCCUCGACCUCACCGUCGCCGCCGCCUCCCUCCGCCUCGCCCUCGCCGCCGCCUCCCUUCACCUCACCGUCGCCCCCGUCACCGUCCGCCUCGCCCUCGCCGCCGCCUCCCUCGAUCUCGCCGUCGCCACCGCCUCCCUCCGCCUCGCCGUCGCCGCCGCCGCCGUCCGCCUCGCCCUCGCCGCCGCCGCCGUCCACCUCACCGUCGCCACCGCCUCCCUCGCCGCCCCAACCGUCGCCACCGCCCUCGCCGCCACCGCCCCCGAGCCCGCCGCCGCCCUCGCCGCCGCCCUCGCCGCCGCCGCCCACUCCGCCGCCCUCUCCACCGCCUCCCUCGCCUCCGCCACCGUCGCCACCGCCCUCGCCGCCUCCGCCCUCGCCACCUCCGUCGCCGCCGCCUUCGAGCCCGCCGCCGCCCUCGCCGCCGCCCUCGCCGCCUCCGCCAAGCCCGCCGCCGAGCCCUCCCCCGCCGUCGCCGCCGCCGCCGUCGCCACCGCCCUCUCCGCCGCCGCCCUCUCCGCCGCCCUCGCCGCCGCCGCCGUCCCCGCCGCCGCCACCAGCUCCGCCUGGCCGCUCAGCCUCCCCGUGUACGACCCGGCGUGGGGCUGCGCGUGCGAGAGCGCCGAGGACCGCCCCGUCUGGCUCGCCGCCCUCGACUUGUGCUUUUGGGUGGACAGCCUCAACGCGACGCAGCGAGAAGCGCUCUUCGGCGGCUCGGGGCUGCUGCAGCAGGCGUAUGAGCGUGCCUGCACCGCCUUCGCGCCGGGCACGCAGGUCAACGAGUACUACCACCACGUCCGGCUGUGCGCCACGCCCGCCUUUGUGCGCGAGAUCUACUUCCUCGCCAGCAAGGAGUACUGCGUGCCCGAGGCGGCCAACAGCUUCCAGCUCUACCCGCGCCUCGCCCGCGACGGCGCCAUGAUGUGCGGCACCGACAUCGGCCCG